UGGCUGCCUGAAAGAAAGGGGGAGAGAAAGACAGAGAGGGAGCGAGAGAGUGAGAGCCAGAGAGAGAAAGGCGGAGAGAGAGAGAGAGAGAGCAAGAGAAACAAAAAAACCUUGCACAGCGGCAGUAGGAAGCAGACUGCAGUGCUCCCGGCUGAGGGGAGCGCACGGCGAAUAGGAUCAGACGGAGGCUGAGCGUCUCCCCGCCCCCUCAUCGCUCCACGACGGCGUGAGUCCGUGCGGGAGUCGCAGAGAGCUGCAGAGGGCACAGCCCGGGCGCUCGGGGGCUGCGGGCAGUGCGUGAGGGAGGGCUGUGGGCAGUGCACGAGGGAGACCAGAGGGGGCGUUUGUCAGACGCGGCGUCGGGGAGGCGGACGGCGAACGAGUUCUCAGAUCCGGUUCAUGAAGAAGAGAAGGCGGGAUGAGUGUGGACCCUGGGCAGGACACGGGAGCCGCCGCUUCCACCGCCAACGCCACUAAUGGGGACAGCAAGGCCUCCUGGGAGGACCCUAAGGAUCUCUAUGAUCACAUGGGGCCCAUCAAGAAACCCAAACCGGGGAUGAUGCGACGGGCCAGGAAGGUGGAGGGAGGCAUUUUCUUUCCCAAUCCGGAGAAAGCUGUUACCAUCGCCGUAUCAACGCGGGUGCUCUUCCGCACGGAGACGGAACAGAAGAUUUACGAACAGAGGGGUAUUGAGGAGUACCUGAAGUACCAGGUGGAGCAUGAAAAUGAACCCUUUGCUCCUGGACCUGCCUUCCCUUUUGUCAAGGCCCUGGAGACAGUGAACGAGCAACUGCGGAUGCUGUACCCCGAAAGCGAGGAGCUCUUCGACAUCGUGCUGGUCACCUACAACCACGCCCAUGUUGGGGUGAGGCUAAUCAACACCAUCAAUUACCACAACCUUUUCAUUGAGCGCUUCUGCAUGACGGGAGGUAGCAGUCCGAUUGGGUACCUCAAGGCCUACCACACCAACCUGUACCUGUCCGCAGAUUCGGAGAAGGUCCGAGAAGCGCUGGAGGAAGGUAUUGCAGCUGCCACCAUGUUCAUGGCAGAGAAGCAGAUAGAGGUGUCAGAGACACAGCUGCGCGUGGCCUUCGAUGGUGACGCCGUGCUCUUCUCUGACGAGUCUGAGCGGAUCUUCAAAGCGCACGGCCUUGACAAGUUUUUUGAGCACGAGAAAGAAAAUGAAAACAUGCUUUUGGAUCACGGGCCACUGAAGGGGUUCCUGGAGUCGCUGGGGAAACUGCAGAAGAAGUUCUACGCCAAGGGCCAGCGGCUUAACUGCCCGAUCCGCACUUACCUGGUGACCGCCCGCAGUGCGGCCAGCUCGGGCAUCCGGGCCCUGAAAACGCUGCGAGCCUGGGGCCUGGAGACGGACGAAGCCCUGUUCCUGGCAGGGGCCCCCAAGGGCCCCAUGCUGGAGAAGAUCCGGCCCCACAUCUACUUUGAUGACCAGAUGUUCCACGUGAAGGGGGCGGCGGAGAUGGGCACGAUCGCUGCCCAUGUGCCCUACGGGAUUGCACAGAAGCACCAGCACUACAAAAACCCAGCUAACAAGGAGCCCAAAGCCAGCGAAUAGCACAAAUAAUAAACCACGCAGAAAGACUAAGAAUGGAAGAUGUCCACUUACCUUCGUUUGAAUGUUUUUUUUUUCUUCUUUUUUAUCAAGCACACUUUGUGGAGUGUGGAAGAAACACAGAUAUCUGUGCUCAACAUGUGAUGUCGCACCCUGAUACAAACUUCAUUUUACCAAGCAACAACAAAAAAGGCUUCAAACUGCUCCUUUUGGAAAUGAACUGCUCAAUAUUCCAAGUCUUUUUAAGACUUAUAUUGUGAUAAUCGCAUGAAACAUCUGUUCACUUGUGCUCUCCAAAUACCUCGACUUUUCAGUUAGGCUUUUGAAUCUUUUUUUGAUUGUUGCAUAUUCAUAUACUUGGGGUGUUUCGAUGAUCAGGUUUGCUGAAGCUACAGACAUAGUCACACAACUUUAAAGGUGCAGUGUGUAGAAUUUAGUGGCAUCUAGUGGAACGGACUUGGCACAAAUGAAAUAUAACAUUCAUAAGUAUGUUUUAAUUAGUGUAUGAUCCCAUGAAAAUAAAAAUCGUUGUAUUUUCGUUACCUUAGAAUGAGCCCUUUAUAUCUACAUAGGGAGCGGGUCCUCUUCCACAGAGGCCGCCAUGUUUCACCGCCAUGUUUCUACAUGUUUUGCUGGGUGGCGCGAAUGCACCGGUUGGAAGAUGAAGAAGAAGAAACAAGAGACUGAGUGGUCAUAUAUUGUCUUGGACAAUCCGUUUGUGAAAUAUACGUGCAUUUGUGAUGCCUGGGUACCUUAGCUGUGUGUAAUACCACACUUGUUGUGUACGGCGUUGUCGCCCUUUUUAGUACAGUCUGGCUUGAUUGACAAUCCAUUUAUUCAGUAGGAGGGAGUAUAAGCUCUCUAACGAUGUAUAACAUGUCUCAUUUUGCUUUUGGAAUAGCGUUUUAUUAGUCAGCGUAAUCGAAAGUUUUGUUAUCAUCGCAUUCACUUACGCUUUCACUCUGUGGUAGCAUUAAAAGACACUGCACCUCACAGGCCACCGUAGCUUCUCCUACGUCGUUGGAAAGGGGGGUAUUUAGUUGGUUGCAAUCUGCAACCUCACCGCUAGAUGCCACUAAAUCCUACACACUGUACCUUUAAAUAGUUAAAAUGUUUUGUUGUUGUGAAUUAUCAAUAUAAAAAGCAUCAUGAAAAGAUGGUAGAAACAGAGGGAUAGAAGACAUUAAAACACUUAAACACUGUGCAAUAGAGGAAAAUAUAUUUAACUUAGUUUUAUUUGUUUUAUCCGAUGUUAUGAGAUUUUUAAAAAAUGUUAUUUAAAAUAGUUUCAUGUAAUGUUCAGUAUUAUAGAUGUAUUAUAUGCAGGGGAGCUUCUGUUAUUGCACAUGAACAGAAACCUUUAACCAGAAAAAAAUAA